UGUCAGGCGUGUCAGAGAAGCGCGCGCUUCUCUGAGUUGAAGGAGCGAGAGUGAGGGCGAGCGUGUAGUCGGUGCUUUACAGUGAGCGGGACCAGGCACGCUGCUGCCGUGUCAGUGAGUGGAGGCUGGCUCCGAGUCCGCUUCUUUCACUUCUUUUCUCGCUUCUGUGAAAUGGACUUCUGACAGCAGCCGGGCUGCGGGCGCCGCCGGUUCCUCCUGACCGGAAAAUGAAGCGACUCUGUCGGAGGCUGGCGGUGGCCGUGGCGGUGCUGGUGUGGCUGGGAGCGCUGGUUUACCUGCUGGUGUUGAGCCGGAGGAGGUUGCCGGAGCUCAGUCCAGGAGCGGGAGCAGGGGGAGGAGGAGUAGCAGGAGAGACAACCUACAACCAGAUUUCAGAUGCAGAGUGGGAGGACAUGUUGGAGGGCUUUGAUGAGCGGAGUUACCUGAGCGCUCGGCGCUGGAAGCCCGGAGACGACCCGUACACUCUGUACGCUUUCAACCAGAGAGAGAGUGAACGCAUCCCCAGUGAUCGAGUCCUGAGAGACACUCGACACUACAGGUGCACCACUCUUCACUACGACUCAGAGCUUCCUUCAACCUCCAUCAUCAUCACUUUUCACAAUGAGGCCAGAUCAACUCUGCUGCGGACCAUCAAGAGUGUUUUAAACAGGACCCCGGUUCAUCUCAUCUAUGAGAUCAUUCUGGUGGACGACUUCAGUGACGACGAGAGUGACUGCCAGCUUCUCACCAAACUGCCCAAAGUUAAAUGCUUUCGCAACAACAAGCGAGAAGGUCUCAUCAGGUCCAGAGUGCGGGGGACGGACGCUGCAAGAGCCAAAGUGCUGACCUUCCUGGACAGCCACUGUGAGGUCAACAAAGACUGGCUGCCACCCCUCCUGCAAAGGAUCAAAGAGGACCCGUCUCGAGUGGUUAGCCCAGUCAUCGACAUCAUCAACAUGGAUACGUUUGCUUAUGUGGCAGCCUCGGCCGAUCUCCGUGGAGGCUUUGAUUGGAGUCUCCAUUUUAAGUGGGAGCAGUUGUCGCCUGAACAGAGAGCCCGCCGGACUGACCCGACCCAGCCAAUCAAGACCCCCAUCAUUGCAGGCGGACUCUUUGUGAUUGACAGGUCCUGGUUCAAUCACCUUGGAAAAUACGACACUGCCAUGGACAUUUGGGGUGGUGAGAACUUUGAGAUCUCAUUCCGGGUUUGGCAGUGUGGCGGCAGUCUGGAGAUCCUGCCCUGCAGCAGAGUGGGUCACGUCUUCAGGAAGAAACACCCAUAUGUGUUUCCUGAAGGCAACGCCAACACAUACAUCAAGAACACACGUCGUACAGCCGAGGUGUGGAUGGAUGACUUCCGGCUCUUUUAUUACUCUGCUCGCCCGGCAGCACGAGGCAAAUCCUACGGAGAUAUCCGAAGCAGAGUGGAACUUCGGAAGAAGCUCAACUGUAAAUCCUUCAAGUGGUACUUGGACAAUGUCUACCCAGAGCUCAAGGUCCCAGACGACUCUGACUCACAGUCUGGAGUCAUCAAACAGAGGCAGAACUGUCUGGAGUCCCGCAAGGUGGAGGGUCAGGAGAUGCCCGUCCUCACAUUAGCUCCCUGCACGGCAACCGAGGGCGUCCCCGCCAUCAAUCAGGAGUGGGUGUACACUCACGGACAGCAGAUCCGACAGCAGCAGCACUGCCUGUCUGUCUCCACCACGUUCCCUGCCUCCCAGGUCCUGCUGCUGCCCUGCAACAUGGCGGAUGGCAAACAGCGGUGGCAGAAGUCAGGGACUCACUUGGAGCACCUCGUCUCCCGGUUCUGCCUGGACUCGGAGAUGGCUCUGGACGGGAUGGACGAUUCCCGAAUGUUGGUGAUCAGCCCCUGUGAACUGAGCGCAUACACGCAAAGAUGGGAAGUCCCCUUCUCCUGACCCCUGACCAUGUGACCUUUACACCCUCUUAAAAAAUGUGCCCUGUCACACUCAUCCCUCAACUCAAAGAGAGAAUGCUGCUCACACACUGACCAUGCAUGAGCAAUCAUGUCACAGUGCUGCAUCGAGGAUAUCUGAAUAGAAAGCUGAUGAAGACUUUUUUAUGGGUCUUUGUAGCAUGAAAAGAAAUGCAGACCUUUCAGGUAUAAAGUCCUGAUUUAUUUAUGAGCUGCACUGGUUUGAAAUAAUGUUGCUCCAAGAGACGCAGGAAAAAUGUGUGGUUUGGAGAUUCAAGUGUCUGUAUUGGAGAGUGAAAACCAAGUGCACCUUAAAACCCAGAACUUUCAAAUAGCUGAGAUGGACAAAAAAAAAACAAACAAAAAAUAACAAUCAGAGAAUGUUUCCUGUGUCUUUUGCAAUCUGCUUUUAAAGGAUGUUUAAUAAGCUGGAAAUUAAAACCAAGCAUAGCUCGAGGUUUUAUUUCAGUUGGUCAAAUACCUGUCACUGUCUUUACUGCAGCAUCCCAGUCGGUUUCUUACUGGGAUCUAACCAGAAACUCACCAAAGUAAAGCCCCAGUAAACAGCACAAAAUGUGAAAUCUUUAGUCUGUCACACCAAGCGGGAUGCAAUCAUCUCCAGUCUGGGAUAUAUCCUAAGGUUUUUCUUUAUUUGUUUGUUUUGUUGCUUGGCUUAAGCUUUCAUUUACUGCUUUGGGAAUGGUCUCAGUUAUUGAGGUUCUCAAUUAUGAGGACACUUUAUGUACAAGUAACCCCUGUGAUCCUAAAGCUCUGGCUCCACCCUGCUCUAAAUGCUCCAUUUCAUACCAUUUUUUCAACGUUAGGCUCUUUGUGAUGUCAGUGAGAGAGGAUAUUCCUAAAGUGAGCACAAAAGCCCCACCCAUCUCCUGUUCAAACCUUCUGUUUGCAAGGGGCAGCCAAUCAGAAGAAAGUAAGCGUACAACAGCAGCUCCUAAAGUUUUUGUGGCAUGCCCCAUUUUAGAAGCUCAACACUCUCGAGAGUUUAAAAAAAAACGAGGAUGAACGAUAACAAAGGAUCUUUGUGUGAGGUAUAACUCCUCUUAUGUUGACCUUUAAAGGUCAGUGCAGCAGCAUCAGUAUACAAAAAAUCAACUAUUUUUGUAUACUCUGCCUAGUAAAAGCAAACCCAGUUUCACUUCAUAUUUUUCACCAGGUUGACAGUGUCCCACCUGCAGUGGCUCUGUGCCCCACCAACGGGAUUUUAAUGGGUUCUUUAAAUGACUGUAACUUCCCCAUUAAAACUUGGCCUCAUGCAGCUCUCUUGGGCAUGUGAAUAGCUUUGAUUGCAGAAAUAUGAGGAAGAAGAUGAAAAGGAAAGAAAUAAACAAUGAGGGGAGUCACAUUAGGUAACACAAAACCUGAAAUUUAGAGCACGCCCUGGCUUAACUACAGGAUGUAGCAUAAAAGCAGACAGGACAGAGCUACAGGUGCAAAUAUGGACAAACAGUCACAGUGUAAAAAAAUAUGUAAGAGGAAGAACAGCAUGAAUGCAGCACAUGUCAGAAUAUCUACAUGCUGGUAAAUCAAAUCAGCAAAUUUCUGAUUCCUGUUGCCCAAAUGAAGCAGCUGCUUCACACAGCUGCUGUGCAUGUGAGACUUUUUAUACACAAAUGUGAUUUUUUCACCAUAAUUACAAAGUAUUGAUAUUUAUCAGGCAAGUUUGGUAAAUUAAUAAAAAUGAUGCUAUUUAGGGUUUAUUUUAAUAAACUCUUGAGGCGUGCUAUGAUGCAACCAAACCUUUCGUUUUUCUCCUACCUGAGAUUAUUUCUGAGCACUCUGAAUGGGCACGAGGUUGGGCUGGUGGAGCUCAAACCUGUGGGAAAAAAUCCAAACUGAUGUUAACUGCAAGUCUUCUCUAAAUCGCCUCUCUGUCUGUUCACACAAUGGUUUUUAAAAAUUGUAGAACUUCUUUGCGGUUCAGUUACAUAAUGUGUUUGACAUCUUCAGCAUCAGUUUGAUAUCCUGUUUGAUUCCUGAAUCCUGAAUAAAGCUUUUAUAAUGGCUGUUUCUAUUUUAUUGACAUGCUUAUUGUGCAAACUGGGAGCUGCUGUUGGUGCAAACACAGUGCUCCUCAAAAUAUUUACAAAACUACAACUAAUCUUUUCUUAUGUUUUACCCUUUACACAGUUAGGUCCAUGUUUGGACUAUGGCACAUUUU